AUGGUUAAACUUGAGAACUCAAAAGAUAUUGCACUUCGUCGUUUGCAUGGAACAGAGAGACGAUUAGCUAGGGAUAAUAAUCUAAGGGAACAUUAUGUGGAAUUCAUGCAAGAAUAUUUACGUCUGGGGCACAUGAAGAAGAUCGAAGACAUGAUUCAAGGUUCGGUUAAGCGGUGCUUUUUACCGCAUCAUCCAGUGGUCAAGGAGGAUAGUACCACUACUAAGGUUCGGGUGGUCUUUGAUGCUUCGUGUCCCACUUCUUCAGGAAUAUCUUUAAACGAUACACUUCUAUCGGGACCGGUAAUUCAAGAAGAUUUACGGUCAAUUAUUCUUCGUUCCCGAACAAAACAAAUUAUGUUGGUGGCCGAUGUUGAAAAAAUGUUUCGGCAAAUCUAUAUCGUACCGGAAGAAAGACCAUUACAGUCAAUACUUUGGCGAUUUUCGGAAUCAGAGGAGAUAGGAAUCUACGAGCUGAGUACGAUUACAUACGGAACCAAACCCGCUCCGUUCCUGGCAACGAGAACUCUUAAACAAUUGUCAUUGGAUGAGGGAGGUAAUUUUCCACUCGCAGCAAGGGCUGUGUGUGAAGACACAUAUAUGGACGAUGUUAUAACGGGAGCGGAACAUCUUGAUGAUGCGGUCAAUUUAAGAAUUCAAUUGGAGAAAAUGAUGAUGAAAGGUGGUUUCAAGUUGAGGAAAUGGGCGUCGAAUAAUUCAAAGGUUCUUGAAGGGAUUCCCGAGGAUAAUUUGGCAAUACGAGUGACCGAGGAAGUUGACCUCGAUCCCGAUCCAGCUGUAAAGACACUUGGGCUAAUUUGGAUGCCUAAUUCAGAUACACUGAAAUUGAAAAUCAAUAUUCCAACUAUGAGCGACAACGUAACUCUAACGAAACGUCGAGUUUUAUCAAUCAUUGCUACAUUAUUCGACCCACUGGGACUUGUUGGGGCAACUAUAACAACGGCUAAGAUAUUCAUGCAGCUGUUAUGGACUAUAGAAGAUGAAACGGGACAGAUAAUUGGAUGGGACCAACCAUUGUCUUCGACGGUGGGUGAGCUUUGGCGAAAUUUUCAAAAUCAGCUACCUUUAUUAAACCACAUUCGGAUUGAACGCUGUGUGAUUAUUCCAAGAGCGAUUCGUAUGGAAAUUCACUGUUUUUCCGACGCGUCAGAAAGAGCUUAUGGUGGAUGCUUGUAUCUUCGUAGUCUGGAUGCAACAGGAAAUGUUAUGGUUCGUUUGUUAACUUCAAAAUCCCGAGUGGCACCCCUCAAAUGUCAAACUAUUCCUCGUUUGGAGCUUUGUGGAGCGCUUUUAGUGUCUCAAUUAUUCAAAAAGGUGAAAGAAUCUAUAAAGAUAAAUAUCGACGCUUACUUCUGGACAGAUUCUACAUGCGUUAUGCGCUGGAUUAAGGCAUCACCUACUUGUUGGACCACUUUUGUAGCGAACAGAGUGUCCAAAAUCCAAACAAUCACGAACGGAUACACCUGGAGGCAUGUUCCGGGCAUUCACAAUCCGGCAGAUCUUAUCUCGAGAGGAGUAUUUCCAGAAGAUAUCGUAAAUAAUAAAUUUUGGUGGAAUGGUCCAGGAUGGCUUGAGCUGGAACAGAGCAAAUGGCCAGCUUCUAAUGAAGAAAUUCCUGAAAGUGCUGACAUAGAAAAACGGCGAACGGUUGUUGCAAAUCCGGUAUCACCGGCAACGGAAUUCAACGAAUGGUUCAUUUCAAUGUUUUCGUCGUAUUCUGAUCUUUUGAGAAAGACGGCUAUUUGGCUGCGGUUGAUGAAUCUUCUAAACCGAGAAAACCGAAUCACUGGUUUUAUAUCCACCAUAGAAUUGGAACGGGCGGAAUUUAUUUGGAUCCGACGAGUUCAGCAGGAAGUUUUCCCAGAGGAAUUGAAGGCCUUGGCUAAGGGCGAUGCAGUUCCAAGACGGUCGCCAUUGAGAUGGUUUAAUCCAUAUAUUUCUGCGGACAAUAUUUUGAAGGUGGGAGGCCGAUUGAGGCAUUCGAAUGAAGCGGAGGAUACUAAACAUCCCUCAGUAUUACCAGCUCGGCAUACACUAACCCGUUUAUUAUUGAAGCAAUAUCACGAGCGUUUACUCCAUGCUGGACCUCAGCUAAUGAUGAGUGCAGUUAGACUCAGAUAUUGGCCACUUGGCGGAAGAAAUGUAGCUAGAGAGAUUGUCCACAAAUGCGUGAAAUGCUUUCGUUCCAAACCCACACUAGCACAGCAGUUCAUGGGUGAAUUACCAGCUGCAAGAGUUAGAGUAUCUCGUCCAUUCUUGCAUUCAGGAGUAGACUACUUUGGACCAGUCUACAUACGUCCCGGUCCCCGACGCCAAUCUCAUAAGGCAUACGUGGCUGUGUUUAUUUGUCUCUGUACAAAGGCAGUCCACCUGGAAUUAGUUUCGGACUUAUCAACGGAUCGUUUCAUACAAGCGUUGCGUCGAUUUGUUGCUCGUCGUGGAAAAUGUAGUAGUUUGUACUCCGAUAACGGCACGAAUUUUGUUGGGGCUCGUAAUAAAUUAAAGGAAUUAUUGAUUAUGCUGAAGGAUCAACAACACAGAGAGCAGGUGUCCAAAGUGUGUGCCGAUGAAGGUAUGCGGUGGCAUUUCAAUCCCCCCAGUGCUCCCCAUUUUGGAGGUUUAUGGGAAGCAGCAGUGCGAUCAGCGAAACACCAUCUAUUAAGGGUUAUUGGAGAGAAUCCUGUAUCAUUAGAGGACAUGAAUACCCUUCUCAUUCAGGUUGAAGCAUGCCUGAACUCAAGACCCCUCACCCCGCUUUCCGAUGAUCCAAAUGAUUUGGAGCCGUUAACUCCCGCUCACUUCUUGGUUGGUGAAUCAUUACAAGCUAUCCCGGAACCGAAUCUUGAGGAAAUUCCCCUAAACCGUUUGAAUCAGUGGCAGCUUAUUCAACGCAGACUUCAAACGUUUUGGUCUAGAUGGCGAAAGGAAUAUUUAUCGCAACUACAAGCACGAACGAAACGAUGGCGUCCAGCAAUUAAAAUCGAAGUAGGAAAAUUGGUAAUAAUAAAAGACGACAAUUUGCCACCCAUGCGUUGGAGGCUGGGCAGAAUAAUUGAAGUCCAUCCUGGUGCCGAUGGCAUCGUCAGAGUGGUCACUCUUAAAACGGCGAAUGGCAAUCUAAAGCGUCCAGUGGAGAAAAUCUGCAUCUUACCUGUGUAA